UAUAACAAAUAUAAAAAUUACUCAUAGAAUUGGGGAAAAGCAUAUACCGUCUUUGGUUUUAAAAUAAGGAUAUAAAGUCGAUUAAAAAAAAAAAAAAAAAAAAAAAAAAAAAAAACAUGUACACACACAGAAACGCAACUAUUUGCGAAAAGAUGGGUUCCCGCCAAGCAAUGAGCGGUUAAGUAACCGUUUUUGGCUUAAGCAAACCCUAGAUAAUAAGUGUGACACCUCUCCCUCUCUCUCUCUCUCUCUCUGCAAUUCCAAAAUAAUUUUCUGCAAAACAAUGCCGACCCAAUCCCUUCUCAUUUUGCUCCUUAUCGUCCGAUCAGCUUCCAGUGCAACUCAAGCGACGCAAUUCCAGAACUACCCAUCCAAUUCACUCUUAUUUUCAGCUCAAGAGCCUUUAAGAAAAACUGCUUGGAAGCUUUCCAAACCUCUAAUUCGAGAUGGAAGAAUUUAUACUUGCUCAGGGAGGAACUUUUAUGCAUUUGAAAGUAAUGGUUCCAUUGCAUGGACCAUGAAUCUUAAUUAUAUAUGCAAUCAUGAUAUAGCUCCAGUUCAUGGUGGCUCAAGAAAGAUAUAUUUGGUUGCAGAAAACAGAGUGCUGAAAAUCAAUCCUUUAAAUAUUGGAACCUCUAACACUGCUGCAGAAGUUUUCUUCGGUCCAGAACCGGGUGAAAUUAUUGGGAUCUCAGUAAGCACAUUAAGUUCGUCUAUAUUUAUCAAUGUUAAAAAUAGGGGACUCUUUGCAUAUAGGUUGCAAGGACAAAUGCUUUGGAGUGGUGGCCCCUUGCUUUAUCAGUCUGGCUAUCGUCAAGGGUGUCGGAAAAAUAUUACGGAUUGUUAUUUUUCUUCAAUCCCUGUGAUUGAUCUGUGUGAAGCUAGUCUUUAUAUUUCAAAUACCGAAGGAGAACUCUAUGCGAUGCCAUUCCAGAGUCCUCAUUUUAAAUGGAUUCAAGAUUUUAGUUCAUUCGACAAGAUUUUCGUUGUUACUCCUGGAAAUAAUGGCCAUUUGUAUGUUACUGUACCAAUUAGGGCUACUAUACUGGCGCUUGAUGUUUUUACCGGAACUGUUCUGUGGCAAAGAAGUAUCGGGCCAUUAAGUACAACAGAUGUUGCACCAGUCAUUGAUUCUAAUGGCUGGAUAUCUAUCGGUUCAUUGGAUGGGUUCCUGUACUCAUUUUCACCAACUGGGACGUUGAAAAAAUUCCGAAAAGCAGCCGUACUGGAUUCUGUGGUCCAAGUUAGUCCACUUCUUGAUUGCUCUGGCUAUGCAGUUUAUAUUUCUCAAACUGAGAUGGAGGGAAAGAUUAGCCACACAAUUGGGGAAUACACUUACGUAUCGGCAAUGAAACCAAGAAAGGUAGUCUUCACCAUGCUUGUUCCAUCAACAGGGUUCAUCUAUUGGUCUGAAAGCUAUCCUGGUGAAUUUUGGUCCUCAUUGUCUAAGAGUGAUCUGCAGCAUUUUGUAGUUGAUGAGAGCAUCCUUCUUGCUUUCAUUACUGCUUCAAAGAUUGGCAAUCCAUUUCCAUGCCGUAGCACACGUCAGAAGCUCACAUCCAGCUGCUCCCAGGCAAUGGUCAAGCAUGUCAGCAUCUAUACAGGUAAUGAAAAGGCAAUUCUGUUGUUCCUGCUAUUUGAAACUGUAAUUUUGAUAGUUCUAGCUGCACUCGUACGAUUCUGCUGUAUAUUUUGGAGGAAAAAGAAGCUCCAAGGUCAACACCUCGGGAAGUUCCUGGAAAAGCGACAUUCUCUUAGGCUCCAAAAGAAAGCAUUUGAUAAGACAAUAAUGGAUCUACAGCAAAAGGCUUCAGCGGAAGCAGGGGCUAGUGAAGUGCUUGAAAAACUAAGCGAUUUGGUAAGAGAAAGGGAAGGCAUAGAGAGGAAGCUCUCAACAACCUAUAGUUUGGGAAGGGAUAGAACCGGCUCACACUCAAACUCUCUCCUUCCACUGCAUGAUGGUAAAACAAAGAGCUUUUCUUUUCGAGGUACACAGGAAGAGAGUGUUACCAUCUUCCACACGUUAAGUGAUACUUCUUCAGGAGACAGCAGCAGCGAAAACAAGGCUGACCAGAAUCUCCACGAAGAUAAGGAGUCAGCUGUCAAAGCAAAGGCAAAGGCAAAGGCAAAGGCACCUAUUGAACUAAGGAGUUCUAGUGAUGGUGAGAAUUACGAAGAAGCCCAUCCGGGGAGUCCUUCAGAGUCAGCAUCGAGCUCAAAAGGAUUCGUGAACCCCUCAUUCAUGAAGCAUGAAUCCGAUGUGCCAGGGGAGGUGAAGGAAACUGUGGAGGAUGGCAGUAGGAGCAUAAGGAAGAGGACAUUGUCUUCGAGUAACUAGAAGCUCAAAUGCAUUUUGUAAAUCUUAAUUGUCCUGUGUUUGCACUUCUGGUUGAUGACUGAUGAAGUUGGUUGUUAAUACACUUUUAUUUGUGAGUACUUAUGUGUUGUUAAUGCAGUUGUUACAAGCUUUACAUUCACAAUGUCUUCUCACACUAGCAAGUAGUUUUGAUACUUUCUGUAUUCAUUUCUCAACA